GGGUCGGUUUGUGUGUGUCUGUGUCACCAUCCAUCAGCCACCCGAAUCCCCCUAAUGCCACACGAUUACUAUAUCUGCUGGUUUCAUUCUUAUCAAAUUCUUCUCAAUUUCAACAAGAAGUUGCUUUAAUUGAACAUAUCACUGCAGAAAUUAGGGUUUUGUAAGCAAGAUGAUGUGGAAAAAUCACUCAAAUUAGAAGAGGAUUUAGUUGAUUAGAGUGUUAUGGCGGUUGAGUAUAGAUGGGGGGAGACAGAGUUCUUUAUUCACAUUGGGAUAGUAGUGUUGCUGGUUUUGUUUGCUGGGUUGAUGUCUGGUCUUACUCUAGGGCUUAUGUCUUUGAGUCUUGUUGAUCUUGAAGUUCUUGCCAAAUCUGGGACUCCCAAAGAUCGUAAAUACGCAGAGAAGAUAUUACCUGUGGUCAAAAGACAGCAUCUAUUACUUUGCACACUUCUUAUAUGCAAUGCAGCUGCAAUGGAGGCUCUCCCAAUUUUCCUAGAUAGCCUAGUCACAGCUUGGGGUGCCAUUCUUAUUUCCGUUACAUUAAUACUUCUGUUCGGUGAGAUCAUACCGCAAUCUGUUUGUACUCGAUAUGGACUCGCGAUCGGUGCAACUGUGUCUCCAUUUGUGCGCGUUCUUGUUUGUGUUUGUUUUCCUGUUGCAUAUCCUAUAAGCAAGUUACUAGACUAUCUGCUCGGCCAUGAACAUGUUGCUCUGUUCCGCAGAGCUGAGUUGAAAACACUUGUUAAUUUUCAUGGUAACGAGGCUGGAAAAGGUGGAGAACUGACACAUGAUGAGACAACAAUAAUAGCAGGAGCACUUGAACUCACAGAAAAAACAGCCAGUGAUGCCAUGACUCCUAUAUCGGAAACUUUCACGGUCGAUAUUAAUGCCAAACUUGACAGGGAUUUAAUGAAUAUUAUUUUGGAGAAAGGGCAUAGCAGGAUACCUGUCUAUUACGAGCAACCCACAAAUAUAAUUGGACUUAUUCUGGUGAAAAAUCUGUUAACCAUCCAUGCAGAUGAGGAGGUCCCCGUCAAGAACGUCACAAUUCGUCGGAUUCCUAAGGUUGCGGAAUCUCUUCCAUUAUAUGACAUUUUGAACGAAUUUCAAAAAGGUCACAGUCACAUGGCUGUGGUGGUGAGACAAUGUAUUAAUACGAAAACAGAGCAGCCUGUCACCAAGAGUCCAUUAUCAGAGAAUGGAGUGAAGGAAGUGCGUGUAGACGUUGAUGGAGAUCAAAAAACUCCACUGGAAAAGAGUUUAAAGUCAAAGAGAUCAUUUAAGCAGUGGAAAAGUUUCCCAGGCAAAGGAAACAAUUCUUUCAAAGGAAACUUCAGUAGUAAAAAAUGGAAUAAGGAAAUGUAUUCCGACAUCUUAGAAAUAGACGGAAAGCCACUUCCAGUCCACGAUGAAGAAGCAGUUGGUGUAAUAACAAUGGAAGACGUAAUCGAAGAACUGUUGCAGGAGGAAAUUUUCGAUGAGACGGAUCACCAUUUUGAUGAUUUAUGACAAAGGCUGGUUUGGACCUGAAUCUAGUGCCUUCUGGAUGAUGGUGAAGAUAUGUUGUUAGUGUUUGGUAAUAUAAAUUCUAGUAUUCAGUCCUUUUAUUUAUAAAAGUAUGUAGUGAAUAACUGAAUGUUCAGAUGUUACUGUAUAUGUUCAAUGAAGGCUGUCGUUAGUUAUAAUGGGGUCUCUUUAUUUAAA